AAUUGUGUGUCAGGUACCCUUCAUGCUCCGGUGCUGCGGAAUUAUCUGGAUCUUUGGUGGUUUCAGCGCUCUUCAUACAGUCUUGUGGAAGUAUUUUCUUCGCUUUGUGCUUGGAGGGAGGUGAAGCGGAGAAUUAUAGUGUUGCAUGGAGACAUUGUUGUAGAAUUUGUAGAACUUGGUAGCGUACUUCAGUACUUCAGCUUUAUCGUUGAGACACACAGCGUCGACAAGGAAACCUUCAGAAAAUGCACGAAGAGGAGACGUCGCCGACAGUGUUUGCCGGCCUCAAACGCAAGCUCUUCUCCUCCGCCGCCGUUGGUACCCAUCCUCAGGUCUCUCAUGCACUGAAAGCUUUAGCAAGGAGACGAAUCAAUACGAACAAAGGGUUGGACCUCAUCAGAGAGGCGCAGCAAAAGCAUAAUGAGUUGGACAUCAUCCGAGAGCAGCAAAAGCAGAAUGAGUUCGAAAUCAUCAGGAAGCAACAAGAGCAGAAUGAGUCGAAGGAACAGGGCGAAAAUCCCUCUCCUCUCGAGGGGCUUGGGUUGCACGACGAUCAUUGUGCUGAUACCAAAGCAGUAGACCAACUUGUUCAAACUGUGAUCUGCCCAAAUUAUACUCCCUUCUCAGCUCUAGCUUAUCUGAUGGAUGAUGCACUAGAGGAAGUUUCGAAAUUAAGCUCGGAGAAGCUUUCACUCAUCAGUGUUGAAUUGGAUCAGAAGCAGGGGAAGAUCAUCAUCUUCGACACUAGCAAAGGCUUGGACAGCAUUUCCAUCUCUGGUUGGGGAGCUUCCAGCAGCCAGAAGUUGGAAUCACAAGGACGUUGUCAGAAUCUCAAUCAAGGCUUGAGCAGCGCUAAUUAUGGGGCCAUCAGUGCUGGUUUAUAUCUUGGGGGGAGCAUUACAAUCUCUUCUCGAACAAAACCUUUGGAAGACGUGUCUACUUUAUACCUCAGUAGAAGCACGUGGGAUGGUGCAAGAAGUCUCACAAUUGGGAAGAGAAUUGGUGAGGUUCGUAGUGGAACCAUGGAAGAGGAAAACAAUUCGCCGCAUGGGAGCUUCAGAAAGGUGGAGAUCACUGACUUAAGACUGGAAGUUAUGCAAUGGAACAUAGAAGAGCUGCGUCGGAAACUCAAAGAUUUUUUCUUUCCACUCAUUCAGGAAAGUUGUGAAUAUGAUAGCCGUGGGUCACUUGCAAAACCAGUUACUUUUAUGGCAAUGGGAUUGAACCUCGCAACGAUACAUUGGGGUCAGACGGCAAUUGCGAAAUCACUCUCAGGAGACCGAAAACCUUUCGUAAUACACAUGCAUCUUACAGACGGCGCAGAAGGUCGCAAAGGGAAUGCGACAAUUACAUUUCAUUACUUCCCCCUCAUCAUGGGAAAAGAAUCAAUGAGCGAGUUGAGACGAAGGUUGUAUGAGGACAAUCCGAAAAUCGCCAUAGAGACAUACAAACUCCAAAGAUUCUCACGUGUGACAGUUCGAUGGCGAGGAAGGCUAUUACUGGAGGAAAACUGGAAAACUAUCUCCUUUUUGGAAGGUUGCAAAGACCUUACCUUACAGCAGCAGCAGUGCUACAAUCGAGUAAUCGCCUUCAUUGAUUUAGACAGCGGAUUCCUUACAACACCUUCAAAGGUGUCGUUAGUAGCUGACCAUUGCUUCACCAAGUCGUUGAUGUCCUGCAUGUUGUCGCAGGAUAGCGACGAAUCCCUAAGGGUUAAAGUGGACGUAAGUAUCCAAGGACAAGGGUGGCCUCUGACACCACAACUUCUGGGUUUGGAAUACCACAAUUGGAUUCAAGAUUGCAAUCGAAAGUAUGACACGGACGAAGCCAGAAACGACCAGAGCAAACAAAUUCAACACACUUGUAUCACCAAACCUCAUAACAAGGUCGAACUGGGCAUUAAAUAUCCAGUAUUUCAAGUGGCAUGGAGUAUGAAGAUACAGAACUUAGAACUCAACACCAGAGAUCCUAACCGAGGGCCAAUCAGACUGAAGCUGGUGGAAAAUAAUGCCCCACAGCCUUUCUUUACUCUUGAGUGCUUCGUGUUGACGGAUUCUCAAGGGACCUCUGGAUCAGCACACAUCAUUUGUCGCCCGAUCUAUGUGUCCAAGGAUCAAGGAAGCACACUUGUGGAUGGUGUAGAUCCAACUUUUUACCUGAGGGAGUCAAAAGCGUUCUCUCUUGACGAAUCCUUCGCAACGAAGUUCCAAGAAAUUGAUGAAAUCACAUGGUCAAGAUACGAGAGCGAACUUUUUGGUGACUAUCCCGCAUACGUGGAGCUUCUUAAUGAAAUAGAAAUGCACGAAUUCGGAUUAAACGGAGUUAUUCCAAUCAACUCAUCAGUUGAAGCAGGAUUCCAGCUCCCAAAAGAGAUUUUAGCAGUAGUGAGACCAAGAAGCUGUGCAAGAGCUAACUCCAAAAAUGAGACUUCAUGCUCGAUUGAGCAAAGAUCAAUCGUUUUUGGAGUUAUGGAACUGAAUCUCGAAGUAAGAUUCAUCAAUAAAUAUAUCUCUGAUGAAGAUGCCUUGACAGAGGAGCAGGUAACAACGUCAAAGACAGUGUACAAUUGCACGACCAAGCCAUGUGUGCGGAAAGGUGUGCAGGGCCUCUACUCGUUCGUUACCAAUGGAACCGACCUCAACACAUUAUUCACAACGAUGGGAACUUAUUUGCUAGCCUUUUCAGUGGUCGGUGAGAAGCACAGAAAUGUGGCACCAGCAGUGGCACGAAUAAAUGUUUCAGCAUGUGAAGAAGUGGAGCAUUGGCAGUUGUGCUCCCACCCUGAUGCCUGCUUUAAGCAUCCUAACCACUGGAAACUUAAGAACAUUGUAACUAGGAUCGGGAAGGUAAUUGAAAGCCCCUUGUAUCUUUCUGGUUUUGAUGUGUACAACAAUCGGGUAGCGCUCUCAAAUGUCCCUGAAGAACUGCAUUUCAAAGUGGGUCAGUUGGAUGGUGAGUUCCUUGAGCUUUCUGUUGCGAUACCCAGAGAGUGCAUCAGUUUAAGCGCCAACAAUGCUACCCUCGAGCUGAAGGAUAUAGAGAUCGGAGGUGGUUGCUUGGCACAGAUAGCCACAACUUACGCUGCACAGUUGUGGAUUUUGAUCCACAACUUCCCUGUCGCUUCGUACAUAUUAACGGUUUUACCAGGUGAACCAGCAUCAGUUGCGCUGACCGAAUGUGACCGCCUAGAUAAUUGCUUACGGCCUGGCCAGAUGAUCGAGAAGUUCGUCAUACAGGCAUUUGAUGACUUCAAAAACGUGGUAGAAAAUGGAAGUGAGAUCCGUGUUGGCUUAGAGGGCCUCCAGCUUGUAGACAAACGAGGUUCAAGAAGACAGGUUGUUGAGAAUGGAUGUAUCCAUCUCGGAGGUCUUCUGAAAGUUACCGCAGAAUACAAUUCACGAGGUGGUACGAUAACUGUUCAAUCAGAUAAAGGGAGAUCUCUGCUUGCGCUGAAUUUUCACACCGUCUACAGAUCUCUACGCAUCUUGAAGGAGCCGGAAGAAGCAUACACUGGCAGCCAGCUUGAGGGAUUGAAGGUUCAAGUUAUUGACGAGGAUGGAAAUGUAGAUACCAAAAUGGAUGGGUCUCUCCACUAUCUAACCGUCGACUGGAACUCUAAAUUGUCCAUCCCUCUUGUCUGUGGUGUUUGCUCACUGCCACCUAUCAAUUUACCCCUCGUUCCAGGAAGUUGGUACGGUCGAGUUGCACAUGCUGUUCAUCCAGAGCUCUUCUGUGCUCUUGAGGUACAGGUUGUUUCUAAGUUGCCUAGUGACAAUCACCUCAUUCCGGCAACACCACCAAAUCAACCAUGCUUGCUCAUGUCACUUCCACAACAAUUGCAGCUGAAUUGGAACGUGAAGAAGGAAAUAGAUGAGAAAAUUGAAAGUUAUCCUUUGCGUGAAACCUCUACACAACGUGAAGAGUAUGAGAGACAGCUAAAAGAUUUCAUUGAUCGUAACACGAAAAUGCAAAGGAAAUUACGAGAACAAGGAAGAAAAGUGAAAAGAGCUGAAGAGGAGCUUGGUAUUCUUAAACGCACGAAAAUGGAGGUUGAUGAUAUGGAAGCUCUUUGGAAAGUGGAGCUAAAGACAUUCGAGUCCGUAUCUAAGGCAGCUGAAGUACAAAAAGAUGCCAAAGCGUUAUGUCCAAGCUCCCAAAACAAUAACACGGCAUCCCAAGUGAUCGAACUUCUUCAGAAGCAAGGUGAUCCUCCUGGAAGUCACGCAGCCAGCGUUCUUCUGGAAGCUGUUGUGAACAAUGGCAAUGUUUUCGCUGCAGGAGGUCCUGGCAGCGACAUUUUGGGCAUAGUGGCCCUCCUUGCUUGCGUGGACAAUGAUAUUCUUAACCGUGCCCUGGUGGACUUCCUGGGGAUAGAGAAAAUGUUGAUGAUUGUUUGCAGGUCAGAGGAGGGUUUGAAAUACCUGGAAAAGCUAGAGUCGCAAUCGUCUAUGGUAGACGACUUGACAUUGCAUGCAUUUGCUCGCAGCAGAAACAGAAGAAUUAAUGGCACCUUCCGCGCUCUCGUUCUGAAUGAAGCUAGUUUUUACAAGCGAAAAGACGGGUUACCAAGUGUGAACGAAGGCCAUCCCCAAAAACUACUGCUCAUUCCGGAUCCAUGGCCUAGGGAUGCACCAUGUCCGAAGGGAUACAUUGGCUAUGCAGUCAACCUGCUCCGUUUUAAUCCACAACAACUUGAAUGCUAUGCCACUUCAGCCAAGCACAGCUUACGCGAAUCGCUGUUUUUCCAGCUGUUUUCUUAUCUUCAAGUCUAUGAUACUAAGGAGCACAUGCUUGCUGCUCAGCAGUUCCAUACAACUGGAGCUGUUUCACUUGACGGUGGUCUCAUCCAUGGCAAAACCUAUCUUGAGCACGUUUUUGGGGAGGAACCAGCAGUAAAAUUUCCGGUCUUAAGGGAAGAAAAGCACGAAUACCAGCAGACUGAUUCAAUGUUGUCUAGCCCGAAUUGCCCUUACCACGACAAGAAAGUCUCCACAAACAUGUUGGAACUAGAGCUUACCCACAGGAUCAAAGCCUUGCACGAGGAGACAGGCUACACGAAUCUUUGUCUUCUCAUUAAGAAAAUGGAAACAAAGUUAGUUCGAGCCCGCAGUAAAAUCACAGUGAUAGUGAAGGAAGUGAACCAAGAGGAAGACAAGAAGGCUGAAAUUUUGAGGAAAGUCGCGGAGCUUGAAGAUUGAGAUCUUCAGAGUCGCGAUCGCCAAAUUACAGUUAAAACGUUGGAUUUCCUGCACCAGAUUAGUGUCGAAAGUUCAAUCUGGCAAUCAACUUUCCGCCAUUUCUGCUGAAAGACGGCACAGAAUUCCGCUUACUCAUUUUGGUGAUUGCAUGUCGUAUAACCCGUAUGAAGCGAUGAUAUCGAUGAUAUCGAUUGGUGCGCCUCUGUGCUCAAUUUUUGAAAGUAAACGAAUUCAAUUCUGACGUUCAAUACUUACCAUUUUCUGCGACUAUAAACGACCUGAGCGGCUGCAGAAUGAAACGGCAUUGACCCAGAUGCAGAGGGUUUAGGAUGGCUAAAACAGCCAAAAGGUUUUCCGAAACCUAUUUUACUUUUUUCCAUUUAAGCAUUGGGUUGUAAAAUAUUAUAGUGCAAACCUGUCUUCCAGAGCAGAAGAGCCGGAAAAAGUGAAAAUUUGGGUGUAAGUGAACUCAUAUGCAAUACGCAUAUUUAAUGUAUUGUUUUGGAUAAAAAUAAAAAUAACAUAAUCAUCUGUACUUUCUUAUUAAAUAA